AUGCCCACCGUUCUUCUCGCGACCGCGUGGGUUGACAUACACACUUCUGAAGGAAGAUGUUUUAAGGUCCGCGCUUUAUUAGAUCAAGGGUCUAAUUUUAGCUUUAUUUCCGAAGCAUUGAGUCAAACGCUUCGCACUAAACGACAGAGGACCGAUCUUCAAAUAAAAGGUUUCGGGGAGAAAUAUGCCGGUUCUGCGCGAUCGAGAGUUUCGCUAAAUUUGACGCCGUGCGAAAAAUUGAAUCCUGUUUUUCCGGUCACUGCGUAUGUAUUCCCGCGAAUAACUUCGUACGCCACGUCGCGAAUUCGGCCUAUAGAAUCAUGGCCUCAUUUACAGGGCCUUUCACUAGCAUAUCCGGAUCCAUCUAGUCGACAUCAGAUUCACAUGCUGAUCGGCGCGGACGUGUACGGUUCGCUCUUAUUGCGCGACCUGAGACAGGGCCCCUAUGGAGCGCCCACUGCCCAAUCGACCUCGUUCGGUUGGAUAAUCUCUGGACCGACCGGAAGUAAAGAAACUACUUCACAAGAAGUAACUGUUUUGAAUUGCGUAUCCGCGCUGGAUGUGGACUCUCUCCUCCAGAAAUUCUGGGAGGACAAAGAGAUUCCCACGCCAACUUCCCUCACGGAGGAGGAAGAAAAAUGCGAAUCUUAUUUCGCUCAAACGCACAGUCGUGAUCCUGACGGUCGUUAUGUCGUGAGAUUACAUUUCAAAAAUGCUUUGCCGAUCGAUAUCGGGGAAUCUCUCUCCAUAGCGCGUACAUUGUACGGUCGUCUGGAAAAUAAAUUGAAUUCAAAAUCCGAUCUCUGUUCGCUAUACAGAGACUUUCUUACAGAAUACGAGGCCCUUGGACAUAUGACUCGCGUUGGCGAGUCCGAACCCACUGAGAAUAUACCGAUUUAUAUUCCCCAUCAUCCAGUAAUAAGAGAGGAUAGUUGCACCACCAAGCUUCGAGUCGUAUUUAACGCGUCGUGUAAAACCCGGAAUGGCACGUCACUUAACGACCAUUUGCUCAUCGGGCCAAAGUUGCAGCAGGAUCUCCCUGCCGUCUUAUUGCGUUGGCGUGCAUGGCGCUUGGUUUAUACGGCAGACAUCGCCAAGAUGUUUCGACAAAUACGCGUACAUCCGCGGGACGUCGAUUACCAAAGAAUCCUGUGGCGUCCGACGGAUGACGCUCCGCUUACUCAUUUUCGCCUUCUUACAGUGACGUAUGGUUUAGCAUCGGCACCUUAUCUUUCGAUGCGCGUGCUUCGACAGCUCGCGCUUGAUGAAGGUGCAAAGUUUCCUGCCGCGGUACCGAUCGUCAAUGAUUCCAUUUACGUGGACGACGCAUUGUUCGGAGCAAACGAUAUCGAUUCGUUAAUAAAUACGCGAACUCAGCUCGCUGAACUAAUGAGGCGCGGAGGUUUUUCACUUCGUAAAUGGGCUUCAAACUGUAGCGAGCUUCUUGAUGAUUUAUCCAGCGAUCAAUCGGACGUUACCGAUCACCUUAUCCUAAAGGACGAAACGUUGAAAAUACUCGGAUUAUCAUGGCUCCCUACGGAAGACUCCUUCCGCCUUACUGUGAAAUUUAAUUUUCCUACAGCGUUAACUAAGCGUUCAAUCCUGUCGUGCAUCGCGAGCUUGUAUGACCCCCUCGGAUGGGCUGCGCCGGUUGUAAUAAACGCAAAAAUCAUUCUGCAAGAGCUAUGGCUUUUACAUUGCGACUGGGAUGCUCCGCUUCCGAACGAAUUGAGUCAACGGUGGAAUGCUUUCGCUUCCGAGUUCCCGCAAUUAGAAUCCGUUAGAAUUCCUCGGUGGACGGGUCAGAGCCCUGAUAAUCUCGCGUUAGAAAUACAUGGAUUCGCCGACGCUUCAAAUCGCGCGUACGCUGCGGUCGUAUACUUGCGCGUUUUCCAUUCUCUUUCGGAAUACCGUGUUAGCUUGAUCGUUGCGAAGUCGAAGGUGGCUCCCGUCAAGACUGUUAGCAUUCCGCGGCUCGAGCUCAACGCCGUUGUUUUAUUGAGUCGACUCGUUAAGUGGGUAAUUAAGUCAUUAAAUAUUAUUCAUUGUCCGAUCCAUUGUUGGACGGACUCCACGAUCGCGUUGGCAUGGUUACGCCAACAUCCAUCGAAAUGGACUACGUACGUAGCAAACAGAGUAUCCGAGGUGCAGUGUAAUCUACCCUCGGCCAAAUGGAAUCACGUACCGUCCAAAAACAAUCCGGCCGACUGUGCAUCCAGAGGGUUGUACGCAUCCAAGUUAGUCUCACAUCCGUUAUGGUGGGCGGGCCCGCCUUGGCUUCAAUGGCCUUCAACAGCGUGGCCGCCACAUAACAUUGCUUCUCCGAUCUCCACGGAGUUAACUAAGCAAAUACACUCGGAAAGUCGAAAGUCCACUGUCCUUCACGUGGAAGAACACAGUACUGAUUCUUCAAUUCGCGAGGGCAUUCAUAAUCACAAUUUUCAGUUGCCACGGAUCUCACUUCCGAAGUUUUCGGGCAAGUUCUCCGAAUGGGAGAGUUUUAAAAAUACUUUCGAGUCUCUUGUCGCGAGUAAUGAUUCUCUCUCGAACACGCAGAAAUUUCAUUACCUCAAAACGAGCGUCAUCAGUGACGCUGCCUCGAUUAUUAGUAAUUUAAAGAUUUCCGACGCUAAUUAUGAGUCCGUCUGGCAGUUGUUGAUUGACGAGUAUGAUGAUCAACUUACGUUGAUCUAUACUCACAUUCACGCCUUCAUGUGCCUACCGACAAUGAAGGCGGAAAACGUCGCGGAAAUGCGAAAGUUGAGAGAUACCGUGUCCGCAUCUCUAGCGGCUCUCACUAAUCUAAAGCGGCCGGUACGCGAGUGGGAUGACAUUCUCGUCUACGUCAUCUCUCAAAAAUUUAGUUCGAAAACAAGGAGCGAAUGGAAUUUAAAAAUUUCGUCAAGUCGCGAGCUUCCUUCGUACAAGGAUAUUCAUGAAUUCCUCACGCUUCGAAUACGAGGUCUGUCGGACUUCUCCGACAAUCCUAAAGUAAUCGUCAAUUCUAAGAGUGACAAAACGCAGUCCUCCGUUCAUAAUCUUUCCGCGAUUAAGUGCAUUUGCUGUUCCGGCAGUCAUUCGCGGCAUGCCAUCGCGCGACAGAAUCGGGUCUGCUUCAAUUGUUUGCGAGCGGGACAUUUCACGCCGAAAUGCUCGAGCAAAAUUCGAUGCGCUCAUUGUCAACGCUCUCAUAACACAUUGUUACACAAUGAGAGUGAUCAAAGUAAGGACACAGCGGAAAAUUCCCGUUUAUCGAAUUCGAGCGUUAAUGCGUCUACUACCACGAGUAAGACUGUCGUAGUCGGCGACGCCGCCGUCGCCAGCGUGCAAACUCUCAAACCUUAG